AUGCUUUUCAAGCUUCUUACUGGUCUCCUUGCGGCUUCUUGGUCAGUCCAAGCAAUUCCCUCUCCCGAUGGACUUGGCUCAGACCUUACUAUUCUGAUCAACAAUGAUGUCCUCGGCCCGCAAAGUCCAUCUGCGAAUUCUGGAGUAAUUUUACUUACCCCGCGAUCCAAAUCGUCCGCAGCUUCAGCAUGUGCUGCUCUCGGGGAACAACUCUGGUCCCCGGAAGCAUCUGCCGCAAGCAUCCAAACCAAUCUUGAUUACCUCUCCUUCCAAGCCAAGUAUACCAAAGAUCAACGAUAUUGGAUAGCUCCCCAGUCGUCAGAUGCAUCUGUUGGGCGAGCAAUCGAUGGGAACGGCCGGAUAGUAAACACCAAGACCUUCAGCGAACACUCAAGAUUGCCAGCUCUUUGCUCUCAAUCUGCGCCAUUCUCGAACGAAACAUAUCAGGAUACUAGCUCAAAAUGGCAGACAACAGUUCGGUCGAACAAUGAAUACAUUACUGGAUUUCGAGACCGUCUAAGCUUUCGAUUCUUAGGUAUUCGAUACGCUGCUCAACCAAAACGAUUCACAUAUUCGACGCCGUACAAAGGAAGCGGCAACAAUGCCUCAGCGCUAUCUUACGGUUCCCAGUGCAUCCAACAAUGGAGUGGAGGUUCAGAAGACUGCUUGUUUCUCAACAUCUGGACACCACAUCUUCCCGCUCAUGGUGGAGAUGCGAAAGAGGACCUCAAGCCGGUCAUGUUUUGGAUUCAUGGCGGCGCUUUCACUAGCGGAACUGCAAAUGAUCCCACAUUUGACGGUGGAAACAUCGCUUCUCGAGGAGACGUCGUCUUGGUUGCUAUCAACUAUCGUCUCUCCACAUUGGGAUUUUUAGCGUUGGAUGAUGGAGUGACUAAGGGUAACUACGGACUUGCAGACCAGAUCAAUGCUCUUGACUGGGUUCGAAAGAAUAUCCAAAACUUUGGAGGUGAUCGCGAUCGCAUUACUAUUCUUGGACAGUCUGCUGGAGCCGCCUCGGUGCGGGCACUACUUGCUUCACCGAAAGCCACUGGCAAGUUUCAAGGCGCAAUCCCACAGAGUAAUCUCGGCGGAGGUGGCUAUGGAACAACCUACUCUUCCUGGUUGGAUAUCAAGACUCAAAUGUCUUUGGCUUCAGAUGCGAUCCUAACGGAGACGAAUUGCUCAACUGCUGCCUCGAGGGUGGACUGUCUUCGAGACAUAUCUGCCACAACUCUUGUGACUGGCACUCAAGCCAGAUACUUGACCGUCGAUGGGACCUAUCUCGCCUCAUCAGAACUGAUUUUGAACUACAAGGCUUCGGACAGCCUGUCAAAGGUCCAUCUCAUGGAGGGGUUGAUGCGAGACGAUGGAGCCGCAAUCGUCUCCUACAUCAAUACCACUAACCUGACUAAGUCUAUCACAGACGUCGGAUUUGAUGCCUCAAAAAUUGUGUCGUCCCCGCUGUUCCCGCUACCAGUCACCUCCAAUGCCACGUUAGAUGUGUUCAACGUCACAUCACGAGUCGCAACAGACUCUAUAUUCCGCUGCUUAGACCAAGCAAGCUCCUAUGCAGGAGUAUGGAACAAAGUCUUCGCUCCUAACCAAUAUUUCUACGAGUUCAACCGCUCUUAUCAGACUUAUGGAUGGGAUCCCAAUGCACCCGUCUGCGACGCCCCCAAGACCGCAGAUCACCCCAACGGCGAUCCGGACUUGGAGUAUUUCAAGUGUCACUCAGGAGAGCUGUAUUAUGUAUUCGGUACCCUCACCCGAACAGGCUUACCGCUCCGGGAUGAGAACGAUCUUCCAUUCUCACAUUUCAUCCUCGAUUCCUGGGCGUCGUUCGCGAGAUCUUACAACCCCAACCCGAACAUAGGAUACUUGAAAGCAAGGAAUUAUACGAACACAAUCAAAGAACUAGAAGUGGCAGGUGAAUGGAAACCAGUGGGCACCCAAGGCCAAGAAAUGCGACAACUGCAGUGGCCAAGCAAGCAAGUCGGCUUUCGUGAUGUUGAGCAGUGUGAGGCACUUGGUUGGCCGCUGGAUUACUAUUCUCGGCCAUGA